AGGCGGGCGCGGGCUCCGAAUCGCUGGUGCGGGCUCUGAGCGCCUGCUCUCGGCCGGCCGGAGCGGCGCCGGGUCUCGCGUCCGCGGGGAAUCCUUGGGGCAGCAGUUGCUCGGCGAGAUCCAGUGGCAGGGGCACAAAGUUGAGGGGCCCGCGAGGAUGAGGCUGCCCCUCGAGCCGCUGAGGCUCAGCAGGAGUCCGGUGCUGCUGGCCUUGGCGCUGCCCCUGGCAGUGGCGCUGGCCUUCUCCGACGAGACCCUGGACAAAGUGCCCAAAUCGGAGGGCUACUGCAGCCGCAUUCUGCGCGCCCAGGGCACGCGGCGCGAGGGCUACACGGAGUUCAGUCUCCGCGUGGAGGGCGACCCCGACUUCUACAAGCCCGGAGCCAGCUACCGCGUGACGCUUUCAGCUGCUCCGCCCUCCUACUUCAGAGGAUUCACAUUAAUUGCUCUCAAAGAGAACAGAGAGGGUGAUAAGGAAGAAGACCACGCCGGGAGCUUCCAGAUCAUAGACGAAGAAGAAACGCAGUUCAUGAGUAACUGCCCCGUGGCUGUGACCGAGAGCACGCCCCGCAGGAGGACUCGGAUCCAGGUGUUUUGGAUCGCGCCACCCAUGGGAACAGGCUGUGUCAUUCUAAAGGCCAGCAUCGUACAGAAACGCAUCAUUUAUUUUCAAGACGAGGGCUCUCUGACCAAGAAGCUUUGUGAGCAAGAUCCCGCCUUUGAUGGGGUGACUGACAAGCCAAUCUUAGACUGCUGUGCCUGUGGAACUGCCAAGUACCGACUCACGUUCUAUGGGAAUUGGUCUGAGAAAAUGCAUCCCAAGGAUUACCCUCGUCGGGCCAAUCACUGGUCUGCAAUCAUUGGUGGAUCCCACUCCAAGAAUUACGUGCUGUGGGAAUACGGAGGAUACGCCAGUGAAGGUGUCAAGCAAGUAGCAGAAUUGGGUUCCCCGGUGAAAAUGGAGGAAGAAAUUCGACAACAGAGUGAUGAGGUGCUCACAGUCAUCAAGGCCAAAGCCCAGUGGCCAGCCUGGCAGCCUCUCAAUGUGAGAGCCGCACCCUCGGCUGAAUUCUCAGUGGACAGGACGCGCCACUUAAUGUCCUUCCUGACCAUGAUGGGCCCCAGUCCCGACUGGAAUGUGGGCUUGUCGGCAGAGGAUCUGUGCACCAAGGAAUGUGGCUGGGUCCAGAAGGUGGUGCAAGACCUGAUUCCCUGGGACGCGGGCACCGACAGCGGGGUGACCUAUGAGUCUCCCAACAAGCCCACCAUCCCUCAGGAGAAAAUCCGGCCCCUGACCAGUCUGGACCAUCCUCAGAGCCCUUUCUAUGAUCCAGAAGGUGGAUCUAUCAUUCAAGUAGCCAGAGUGGUCAUCGAGAGAAUCGCCCGGAAGGGGGAACAAUGCAAUAUUGUACCUGACAACAUCGAUGAUAUUGUCGCAGACCUGGCUCCAGAAGAGAAAGACGAAGAUGACACCCCCGAAACGUGCAUCUACUCCAACUGGUCCCCGUGGUCCGCCUGCAGCUCCUCCACCUGCGACAAGGGCAAGAGGAUGCGGCAGCGCAUGCUGAAGGCACAGCUGGACCUAAGCGUCCCCUGUCCUGACACCCAGGACUUCCAGCCCUGCAUGGGCCCCGGAUGCAGCGAUGAAGAUGGCUCCACCUGCACCAUGUCGGAGUGGAUCACCUGGUCGCCCUGCAGCAUCUCCUGCGGCAUGGGCAUGCGGUCCCGGGAAAGGUACGUGAAGCAGUUCCCGGAGGACGGCUCCGUGUGCACACUGCCCACCGAAGAAACAGAGAAGUGCACCGUCAACGAGGAGUGCUCUCCCAGCAGCUGCCUGAUGACCGAGUGGGGCGAGUGGGACGAGUGUAGCGCCACCUGCGGCGUGGGCGUGAAGAAGCGGCAGCGCAUGGUCAAAAUGAGCCCAGCCGACGGCUCCAUGUGCAAGGCGGAGACGACGCAAACGGACAAGUGCAUGAUGCCCGAGUGCCACACCAUCCCCUGCCUGCUGUCUCCGUGGUCCGAGUGGAGCGACUGCAGUGUGACCUGCGGGAAGGGCAUGCGGACCCGCCAGCGGAUGCUCAAGUCUCUGGCAGAACUCGGAGACUGUAACGAGGAGCUGGAGCAAGUGGAGAAGUGCAUGCUGCCGGAGUGCCCCAUCGACUGUGAGCUCACCGAGUGGUCCCAGUGGUCAGAAUGUAACAAGUCAUGCGGGAAAGGUCACAUGAUUCGAACCCGGAUGAUCCAAAUGGAGCCUCAGUUUGGAGGUGAUCCCUGCCCUGAGACUGUGCAGCGCAAAAAGUGCCGCAUCCGGAAAUGCCUGCGAAAUCCAUCCGUCCAGAAGCUGCGCUGGAGGGAGGCACGGGAGAGCCGGAGAAGCGAGCAGCUGAGGGAAGAAUCCGAGGGAGAGCAGUUUCCAGGCUGUCGAAUGCGGCCCUGGACAGCUUGGUCAGAAUGCACCAAACUAUGCGGAGGCGGCAUUCAAGAACGCUACAUGACUGUCAAGAAGAGGUUCAAAAGCUCCCAGUUCACCAGCUGCAAAGACAAGAAGGAGAUCAGAGCUUGCAAUGUUCACCCUUGUUAGCAAGGGCACAAGCUCCACAGAGCUGCACUCCAGAUUCCAGUCACCAGUGGCUGGAUUGUGCUUGCUUGUUUGUUUGAGGCAAUUUAAAUUGUGUACUAGUUUUCAUUUCUGCAGUACGGGUCACCCGAUAGUCUUGUGGAUGCAAGGGGCAUCCUUUCUGAGUACUUCUUGGUGGGUGCAGGAUGAGCAGGGCUCCUUUAGCCUCAGCUGGCCCUCUUCCUGCGCACAAAUGAGUAGUGUCAGCCACCUUGUACUAAACGGAAACCUGUCUUACUGGGACAUCCACCUGGUCAGGCGGAACAGGGACACAUGGAGAGACCAUUGUGUUGAGAAGUGAUUCUAGGCCCCAGUCCCAGGGUGCAGCAGACAGGAAAGCAUUCUCCACCAAACCGCUAGGGCGGAUUCCCCUCAUUCUCACCGCUGGCCUGCCCCCUCUACCAGGAAAUGUUUAUUUGCUCAUCCCUUGUCCUUUGUUAGGUCCCUUGUUAAGUCUCCUCAGUCAGCGCUCGUUCUUGGGAAAAACUGAGCUGGGAGACUUAAAGGGGAGCUCUGAUAUUGGGUGACUUUUCUUUUUUCAAUGAAAACUUUUAUUACACAUAUCUCACCUCUCAAUAUUGGUACCUGAUACCCCUAAGAGCGAAAGGGAAUGAUGGCUGAUGAUUUAAGCAUAACUGGUUCUUAACACCUAAGGUAAAAGGUACCAAGUGUGGCAAGUAUUUUUCCUUUGCCGUUUCCUUUCCUGGCUAAUUUAUCCUAGGAAGCUAGACUUCUAAACCUCUUGGCGCCAAGUCCUUACUAGAAUCAGGACCAAGGCAGCCAAAUUCAUCUUUCGGGGAGUACCAACCCUAGCAGUUUAUAAAAAUUUGACUUACAUACUUUUUAAGUUUCCUAAUAAAAUGUUUUAUUUUUUUAGUUAUGUCAACAUUUGGCUAAACCUGUCCACACCUCCAAGCCUUUCCAUCAACAGAAACACUAUCUCUGUACUUUAUUUUUUUAGUCAGAAAAGUGUCUAUGCAGGGGUGGGGAAUGUGUGAGACUAAGAGAGGCAGCAAGUCUAAGGAAAUAGAAAUACGAAGGGGUACGGCUGACCAAGGAGGACCUGCGGAACGUCGCCCCUGCUGCCUGCCUCUCCAGGCCUUGGUGCUGGUCCUCAGACAUAUCUCGAGGGAAGGCCAUGAAUUUUUCCAUCCCCUUCCAAGUAUUCACGAACACACCAAAUUCAGGGAGACCCACUACCAAGGAUUAGCGUAAAAGGACAGUUUGCUAACUUGAGUCCAUCAGCUGUCGCAACUUAUUUGUUUCUUAUAAAAUAUAUGUUAAUUCAUGCUGCAGGUUUUUUUGUUUUUUUAGUGAUCUCCAAUUAUGUACCAUGGAUGCGAUGCAGACAUGCUUUGAAUACACUACUUUAAGAAUUUGCAUCAGACACACCAGUUUAUUCCUGAACACAACUUAAUGCUACUACCCUGAAUAUGUACUAUCCUAACACGGGACUGUUCAAUAAAAAACAUAUUGGGACUAGUUUUCAUGUUUUUAUGGUAACCGAGUGUGCGGGGAUUUUAUUUUUUGCAAAUGUUAGUCACCUCAGUCAUUUUCAGCAGAAGAUAUAGCUUUUGCUCCCUCAUUCCCAGGGACAUUUCUGCAUCCCGGCACUUCCUGUAGCAUGGGACUUAUUUCCAACAUUGCAUUUAAACCCUUAAUUGGAUGACUUCCCCGCCCCCACAGAAGCAUCAUAUAAAUAAGGCUUGCUUGACUUUUCUACUUGGACCAAAGUUCCGAUACUUUUAUUUUUGCCCAGGUUUGCAACAUGGCUUUCAGGUGUCUAGAUAUUUAAGUUAAGAUAUUUGUUCUUAACUCAUACAACUCAAAAUUCCCUUUGCACAGUGUGACUGCAAGUCCACGCCACCCUAGUAUCUCAUGUUCCCACUUAACCCCUAGAGGGGACACUUUAAAUUGUCAUUUUGGACACUUAAAACCAGGUAUUUAAAGACGAAGAAGGGUAACACUUAUCAAGACAUAAUUCUUAGGCCACAUAAAUAGUGGGUUUUGCUUGCAAGUGGGGAAUUUAUAAGAAGUGUCAAAUCUCUUUCUUACCAAAGCCUUACAUUAGGUGAUUUAUAGGUUUUCUGGCUAACCAAUAAAAGACUUUUUUACUACAAAACUUCCUCCUAAGGCACCCCCAGUACAACUGCCAAGUUAAGAAGAGCACUCCCGGCCCUAGAGAUUCUUGCCAAGGUCAACCCCGCUGUGAUCCACUUCACAUCCACAUCCUCAGGUGGCAAUAAGAAGUUCAGAGACCUAUUUCCCAACCAGACAUUGAGUCACCUACCUGUCACCUUGCCAACGUAUUGUUUGAAGGAAAUCUGUUGUAGCAAAGGAAAUAAAACGUGGGCUUCUUGAGACCUGGAAUUGGAAAAAAAAUAAUUUUGUGCUGUUUUUUAAUGUGAACUUUGUGUAUUAAACAUGUUUUAGGCA